AUGGCUAUCCUCGACUACCUCGGGUUGGGCCGCCAGACGGCAGCAGCAGCAGCCAAGGACGAAUCCAAAAGCCCUGUCCGUGCUCUCCCUGCAAGCUGGUACACGUCUGAAGAAAUGUACCAACUCGAACGACGGGCCAUCUUUUCCAAGCGAUGGAUGCUCAUCACGCACAAGACGAGAUUCGGCCAAGCAGGCGACUACCUGAAGUUCGACAUCGCGGGCUACGAGUUCGUGCUGAGCCGGGAUCGCAAGGGCGACAUCCACGGCUUCCACAACGUCUGCCGCCACCGCGCGUUCCCCGUCGUCGAAAGCGAGGGAGGCACGGCCAAGAUCUUCGCGUGCAAGUACCACGGCUGGUCGUACGGGCUGGACGGCAAGCUCGCCAAGGCGCCCAAGUACGACGAGCUGGCGCACUUCGACAAGGCCCAGAACGGGCUGUUCUCGAUCCACGUGCGCGUCGACGCCUGCGGCUUCAUCUGGGUCAACCUGGACAGCAGCGCGACCCCCGAGGUGCCGUGGGAGCAGGACUUUGACGGCGUCGACGCCCAGCAGCGCUACUCGGUGUACAACUUCGACGACUACGUCCUCGACCACGAGUACCGGCUCGACGGCGCCUACAACUGGAAGAUCCUGGCCGACAACUUCAACGAGUGCUACCACUGCCCCACCGCGCACCCGGAUAUCCCGACCCUGGCCGACAUCGAGACGCACGACGUGGCCGGCGUGGACGGCUACAUCACGCACCAGUCGACACCGACUGAGGAGCAGAAGCGGCUUGGCAUGGCCAUCGCCAGCACAUAUUUCUUCCCGAACGUUUCCAUUUCUGUUCUACCGCACUUCAUCAUGCUCCAGCGCUUCCUGCCCAACGGGCCGAAGAGCUCCGCGAUGCACUACCAGAUCUUCCGCAACAAGACCUCGUCCGACGAGGACUUCCAGCGCAUCCACCAGCUGUACGCGCGCGUCGUGUCCGAGGACAAGAUCCUCUGCGAGCUCGCGCAGAAGAACCUCAACGCCGGCGUCUUCGUCAACGGCCAGAUGCACCCGCGCCUCGAGAAGGGCCCGCUGUACUUCCAGCAGCGCGCGCGCGAGGCCAUCCGGGAGCACGUCGCCCAGGAGAAGGCCGCCGGGCGUGAGAUCUGGCCCGCGCGCCAGCGCCUGCCCGGCGACGCUGCCGUGAGUAAAGAGGACGAGGACCUGUGCUCCGGGCUCAGCUGUCAGGCAGAACAGCCUGGCCUGGCGUGGUGA